UUGCUCUAUUUAGACCGGAUCUCAAACUGCUUAUCUCAAGUGCAACGCUUGAUGCUGAGAAGUUCAGUGAUGAUUUUGAUUCUGCUCAAUUUUCAAAAUUCCAGGGAGGCGGUAACCUGUUGAAAUACAUUCCACGAAAGCACCAGAAGCUGAUCACUUAGAUGCAGCAAUUGUCACUGCACGUCAAAUCCAUGUGAUGCAACCACCUGGAGAUAUUUUCUAUUCCUAACUCGUCAGGAAGAGAUUGAAACAGCGGAAGAAAUAUUGAAGCACAGAACAAGGGGCCUGGGGACAAAAUUUGCUGAGCUGAUUAUUUGUCCCAUAUAUGCAAACCUACCUACUAAGCUGCAAGCAAAAUUUUUUGAAGCCACGCCUAAGGGGGCAAGGAAGGUUGUCCUUGCCACAAAUAUAGCUGAAACUUCGUUGAUGGGAUCAAAUAUGUUAUUGACCCAGGGUUUUGCAAGAUAAAGUCGUAUAACCCAAGGACUGGAGACUGGAAUGGAGUCAUUGCUAGUUACUCCCAUCUCAAAGGCAUCAGCAAUGCAGAGGGCAGGUCGAUCUGGUCGAACGGGUCCUGGAAAGUGCUUCCGGUUAUUUACUGCCUACAAUUAUUACAAUGAUUUAGAUGAUAACACAGUACGAGAAGUACAAAGAACUAAUCUUGCAAAUGUUGUGCUUACGCUGAAGUGCCCUGGUAUUCAUGACUUAUUACACUUUGAUUUUAUGGACCCUCCACCAUCUGAAGCAUUACUAAAAGCCCUGGAACUGUUAUUUGCACUAAGUGCAUUAAAUAAAGUGGGUGAGUUGACUAAAGUAGGUAGAAGGAUGGCGGAGUUUCCACUUGAUCCCAUGCUAUUUAAGAUGAUAGUUGCUUCUGAUAAGUACAAGUGUUUAGAUGAAGUUAUUUCCAUUGCUGCCGUGCUUUCCAUUGGUAAUUCCAUCUUUUACCAUCCCAAGGACAAACAAGUCCAUGUUGACAAUGCACGUUUGAAUUUUCACGCUGGGAACGUGGGAGAUCACAUUGCAUUGCUCAAGGUGUAGUUUCUUUCUUUUUCUAUAUAGUUUAUUUGUAUUUUCCCUUUAGUGAAUAUAUCUGAUGUUUAGGGCUUUAAACCAUUGACUUUGGGACCUGGAGGAUGUGAAGUAGUUAUAAUGACUUGAAUAAGUAUGGUAUAGAUCCUCAUUAUUAACUGUGGUCAAGAAAGUUGUCAAAUAUUUUUGUAUGGUGACAACAGAAUGAUGCC